UAUAUUUUUAAUUUCUUUAAUAUUGUAACAAAUAUAUAAUAAAAUAGUUAUAACAGUAGCUAUGCGCUGACUACUUUCUUGACAAAUUUAAUAAAUGUUGUUAUAUUAUAAUUAUGAAAGAGAAAUAUUUUGAUGGUUGAGCGCGAUUGGCUGGACUUGUGGAAAUUGGGCCUCACAAAUUUGAUUUAAAUUGGGCCGGUGUCUCUGUUUUUCUCUGUUCCUUUCUCUUUCUCUGUUUCUCUCAUUCUUUCUUCUUUCUCCUUGGAAACACAAAAUCAAGGAAAAAGGAAAAGAAGAAAGUGGAAACAAAAACAUUACAUCAAAAGUAUAUACAUAGAUUCAGUUCCAGUGAAAUCACAUCCUCCCAGCGACCAUGGCGGAAAAUGGUAGACCAUUGCCAAAGUUUGGGGAAUGGGAUGUGAACGAUCCAUCAUCAGCAAAUGAUUUCUCUGUAAUCUUCAACAAAGCCAGGAAUGAGAAGAAGUAUGGUCCUAAGGUCAGCUUACCACCUAAGCGUUGCCAUUCAAACUACAAUCCUCGUGACGCUCUUCGCAAAUCCCAUUAUAAAAAAUGGUUCUGCUGUAUGACCACACCUGCAGAGCCAUGAAGAGGCUUUUGAAUUCAUGACAGUUUAGAAAUGACAUAGGACUCUGGAGCUUCAGUAAAGCUAUGGUGGGUCCUGCUGGAAUCAUCUUUGGUCAUAUAUAUGCGUACGUAGUGUACAUUGUGGCUUGAUUAGGAAACAACUAUCGCAUUGAUACAUGCGAUUUCUGGGGUGUGUGUUCAAAACUUGUUGGUUUCACACCUCAUUUACUUUACAUUUUUUUUAUCCAUUCAAGUUUCCCUCUAUUGUUUAUGUAAAGAGGAACUUGAGAUAUUUUUAUGUAACUGUAUUCUUCUUAUUUGUGGACGUGGAUGGCAUUGUUUGCCAUCUCUCUGUCGUCCCAUGAAGCAAAUAAUAAUAAUACAAUAUUAUACAAA